AUGACCAUCUUCUGCAGCCACUGCCACAGGCCGCUGCAGGCAGAGACGAGCUGCCUGCCCAGGAGGGCUGAGCAGGCGCACGGUGCCUCCAAGCCGUUCAGAUCAACCAAGAGUGCCUCCAAGGCACGUCGGGACCAGAUCAAUGUGGAGCUGCAAGCACUGCGCUCCCUGCUGCCCAUCUCCACGCAGGAGAAGGAGCGGCUCUCCUACCUCCACACCAUGGCCCUGGUGUGCCUCCGGCUUCGGGGAGCUCACCUCUUCCCUCCAGCCUCAGCUCCUCCCUCAGGACCGGUCCUUGCUGCAGAGCUGCUCUCCUUGCUUCCGGGGUUUCUGCUUGUGCUCUCAGCAGGCGGCAAGCUGGUCUACAUCUCUGAGAACGUGUCUCAGAUCCUGGGUCUCUCCAUGGUGGAGCUUCUUGCCCACGGGGACACCAUCUUCGACAUUGUGGAUGGGCGAGCAUGGGAGGAUGUACACAAGAAGCUUCUCCUUGCCCAGGAGCAGCCAGGCAGGGAAAUCUCCUUUGUCAGUGAGAUGCGCACAUCCAAGGCCUUCCGGCUGCAGCACGGGGGAAAUCAGGCUGUGGCAGUACGUGGGCGCUUUGUGGUCCCACGUUGGCCGGCCUCCCCCUCCACCACAGCCUUCCUGGCCCUCUGCACCCCGGUUGCACAGCUGGAUGCAGACCAUGACACUGGUUCUCGGGACAACCUGUUUCAGAGCACACAUGCCCUAGACAUGAGGUUUAUGGAUGUCACAGAGAGUGCCAUCUACCACCUCGGCUACCUCAGAGAGGAACUGAUUGGCCAGUCGUGGUACAGCCUCCUGCAUCCUGAAGAUGCUGAUGUAGCAGCCGCUCAGCACAGGGCUGUGGGUGAGUAUUAUGCCCACACUCAUAUGUGUCUUCCUCUAGUCUUGUCUGGCUGCUUAGGACGGCCAAAACAAAGUGAACGGAGUCCCGCUCCCUGUAAAGAGCAUGAAGCAGAAGGCUAGUUUUAUGUCCCAUACACUGACCACGUGGGUUUGCCUCGAGCCCUGCCUUUGUGAGAGGCUGCAAACCUGACCGUCGUCUGCAGCUUCUCGCUGGGGCUGCCGCUGGGGCUGCAU